AUGGCGCGCAUGUGCAUAGUUAUACUGACAACACUCGCUGCCACUGCACUAGCAACGUUUGAUGACUUGCAAGCAUUUGACGAUGUACAGCAGUAUAUUGACAGAGCAGAAACGACUGUACAAUCCUGUGGAACAGAUGAAUCAUGCGCCUCCGAGCGGGUAGCCUCCAAAGUCCUCCAGAGCCUCUCCAUGCUCCCUAUCCCCACAGUUGAGGCCAUCUACAACCACUUCCUCGGCAAGAAAGACGUCUUGACAAUGUCCCAGUACAUCGACGCAGUGUACUUGAGGCGGCUGGAGACGGAGUUGGGGAGCGACGUCAAUGAGCUGGACAAGGUCAUGAAGGUGUUCUUCAACACAAGCAUCACGGCCUACUACGACAAUGUCAGCAACAGCGGAAAGACGUUUGAGGAGGUAGCCUCAGAGUUACUCCGACAACUGCGACAUGGUCUGAAGGUCUGGGACGGCAAGGCUGCAGACUUCUGGGACGCCAUCAAUACGUUGAGAGCAUACGGCAAAAGUUUCGAUGUCAUGCAGGCUUUAGAAGGUUACACCAAGAGAACAAUCAUACAACUUGAUUUCGAGGGUGAACAGUCAGCCUACUGCCAGGGUCUCCUCAAUACAGCCACUGCACUUGGAAACAUCGAUGGCUUUCAGUAUCUGCAGGGGCUCAUCCUGGAGGCAUGUCCCGGAUCUAACAUAACGCUGGACGGGUCGGACGAGACUGUUGUACUGGGUCUUCAGACCACGACAACUACACAAGCAUCGACUAGCACUACAGCAACCACCACUCCAAAACCUAAUACAAGCGGAACCAUUUAUAAAGGUAAGUGUGGAAGCAAGUUUGACUCCACCGUGUCCAACCAGUUGAGGAACACUCUGGUGUCGCUCCGGGUCAUCAACGGGAAGACAGUGGCCAAAUGAGAGUAUAAGUUCCUGGCCUCCCUGAUGAGGAGGGGUGGUCUCAUCUGUACAGCUAGUAUCAUCGACCCAACACACAUCCUGACGGCAGCUCAUUGUACAGAAGGUUCAGCGGCAAGUGACCUGACUGUAGGAGUGGCUGAGUUUGACAUCACUAAGUCAGAUGGGGAAAGGGUAUUUCAAGUGGAGAAAGUUAACGACCAUCCGAGA